AGGGCAUUGUUGGAGCUGCGAUUCGACCAGAAAUGGCAGCAAAAUGAUGACAAAAUCUAUAUUUCUGGACACGGACACGGUGGACGCGUGAAGUCUGAGAACUUAAGCUUCGUCACCAACGAUUGGAUUAGGCAUCGCCGGAUACAUCUCUCUCUUUCUUUCUUCUCCUUUUGCCUCUCCUCCUCAUUCUUCUCGUCCUCCUGUUCCUCCCUGCCUGGCUGGCUUCCUCCCUUGCAAACAUCAUUGGUGCUUGUGCCAAUGCUUUCUCAAAAAGGUGCCCUCAAGUCUUUGAUUUUUUUCGAGUUCCAGUUGCUAGUCAAAGUUCACUCCCCUGGUUUGUGGCAUUUGCUGCCAGGACUACGAUUCUUACGCCCGAGUCGUUGCGGAGGAAAAGGUGCACUUCGAUUGAUGUGUAUGCAUUAGGUGAUGCUGUAGUCAGUCUUGCAGGUAGCUCUCGUAGAGUUAGCAGCUGGAUCACCCAAAAGGUACACGCCCAUGUGGAAAGCUGCAGCGUUCUCAGCUUCUAGAUGCUGUCAGUGAGCUCGCAACAUUUGGUAACCAUAAUUGUAUUGUGUAUAUGCAUACGUAUGUUAUGUUUUUUAAAGAUAAUCUAUGUACGAAGGACCACGGCGUUGAUGCAACAAAGCCGGCCAAGGCCGGGGUCAAAGUGCUGCACAAAUCGGCAACGAUGCGUCACGCCCUUAAGGCCCAAGAAGCAGGAGUGGACAUCAUCGAAAUUGUUGGCUACGAAGGUUCCAUUGCCGGGGGCCAGCCUGGUGAUGAGGUGGGUGCUUGGGUGCUCCUGGCAAAGGCAACCUCAACACUGAGAGUGCCAGUGGUUGCUGCUGGUGCUUCAGGGACUGGCCGUCAGCUUGCCGCUGCGUUGGCUAUGGGGGCGCAGGGAGUGACGAUGGCCACACGCUUCCUUUGCACGGUGGAGGCGCCCAUCGACAUGAAAAUCAAGGAGUGCAUGGCACGCCCAGAAGUUGACGAGAGGCAAACGACCAUUGUUUUGGGUACCUUGAGCAACGCCACCCGGGUCUUCAAGAACGGCGUGGCUGAAGAGAUACGGCGGAUUGAACGUCAAGGUGACGUUGACUUCAGUCAAGUGAUGCCACUAGCAUCCGGUGGCAGGACAAAGAAAAUGUGGCAAGAGACGGGCGAUACGCAAGACGCGAUGUGGAGUUGCUCUCAGAGCCUUGGUGUUAUCAGUGACAUCCCCACAUGCAAGGAGCUGUUGAGGCGUAUGGUUGCAGAGGCUGAGGAACGUCUCAACCACGGAGCGAAAUGCAUAAUCAACUCAAAGCUUUGAGUCUCUCAGCUUUGUGCUAAUGAGGGCCAGGGAUUCAGAUGAUUCCCGGUCAUGCAGUGCCAGGCUUUGAUCCGGGAU